GUUUCAAGUGAAAGGAAACAGUGUGAAUCACAAAUUUUGCUACAAGCAGCCAUGCUCCAAGAUGAUUUUGAUUUUACCUUCCCCAGCUCUCUUCUCUAGGCUUCUGGUUGGGAUGGUUAAAAUGAUCAUAAGUGACCUGACCUUUCGAGCUCUGAAUUUGCCUGAUUUUAGGGUUGAGGUUUCUCAGGCAGCUGCAGACUUGAAACAAUUCUGUCUGCAGAAUGCUCAACAUGAUCCACUGCUGACUGGAGUAUCUUCAAGUACAAAUCCCUUCAGACCCCAGAAAGUCUGCUCCUUUUUGUAGUCUAGUAAAUCUUUCAAAGGAUCUCCAGACUAUUUCCUAUGAACCAGUGAAUAUUCAAGAGAGAGAAAGUUGAAGCCUGUACAGAACCUUCUCUGUAACACACGUGCCAUAAAAUACCAACUUCUACUUAAUGUCAGUCCUUAACAUCUACCUCUCUGAAUUUUCAUGAAUUUCUAUUUCACAAAGUUAACUGUUUUAUAUACACUGGCAAUGGCAUACAAUAAAAUACUUAAUGUAAAGGUUU